AUGAACAACCAGCCAAACUACUACCCUCAUGGGGCGCCGGCCGAUGGCAGGAUAGGCCGCGCGACGAUGCCCCAGAUCCAGCCGGCCGCGCGGAGGGUCCAGCCCAACAACGCGCUCUUCCGCGCGACGCUGCCGCGGCCGCUCACGUGGCAGCAACCGACGGACUUGCCGGGGCGCGUGCCGGUCAUGGACAAGAUCGCAUCGCUCCUCGCCGCGACGAACGGCGCCGGCAUCGUCGCGCCGGGCACGCCACAGGGCGAGAACGCGGUGUGGAUCCUCGCGCGCAAGCUCGAGACGUACCUGUACAUUCAGUCGGCCACGUUUCUCGAGUACGCCAACUUGCAGAGCUUACCGCGGCGCGUCCAGGCGCUCACGACUGCGAUCGUGAACCGCGGUAUCCGCAAGCGUGGCCGCUCCGAGAGCCGCGAGGCCGAGCUCGAAGAGUCGAAACCGAUGCGGCCGUUCACGGCCACGUUUGCGCCGCCGUCGACCCACCAUGCGGCCUCGAGUUGCCUCCUCUUUGACGGCCACGAAGACAUCAACAAGAUCAUUUGGCGCUUCGUGGGCGGGAAGGACACGUUGCGCUGCCGCGGAGUGUGCCGAAGCGCCGCGAUCCAAGCGCCCAAGUACGUCUACAGUCUCCACUUGAGCUGCAACGCGAGCCGUCUCGCGCUCUUAUACGGCCGGCACGUGCUGGAAAAGUGCACGAGCCUCGAAGAACUCGAGAUUUACUCGCUCGCGGCCGGCGUGACCUUUGGCCGCCGGUCCAUGUUUGCCAAGAACUGCCCGCAGCGCUUUGUGGUGACGCACGACGACCACGAGCAGAUCGUAUCGCUGCUCGCGACGCUUCUCUCGACGCGGCAGUUUGCGUCGCUGUCGCGCCUCUCGCUCGUGUGUCUCUUUACGAACGAGCAAGCCAACGGCGAGGCAGACGUGCUCCUCAACUGCCUCACCACCGGCGUCCUGCCGCGUCUCAAGGAGCUGAGCUUGCCGGGCAAUAGCUUUGGCGACUAUGGCGUGUUCAAGCUCGCCGAGCUCCUCACGUCGCGUGUGUGUCCGAACCUGACGCAUCUGGAUCUCCGGCGCAACUUUAUUGGGGAGCGCGGCGUGCACCAGCUCUGCAGCGCGAUCGAGACGGGGUGCGCCGGCCGGCUCAUGGAGCUCUGCCUCGGCGGCAACACGCUCACGGACUCGAGCAUCGUGCAUCUCCUCCGCGCGAUCGAGAGUCGAAAGAUGCGCGAGUUGCGCUUCUUGGGCCUCGAGAUGAACUACCUCACGGGCCACGGCAUCCAGCUCCUCGGCACGUCCAUCGGCCGCCUCGGGUGCCCGCAUUUGAACCAAAUUUCGUACGGAGAGAACGCCGUAGACGACGCCGAGGCCAAGAAAAUCUUGGCCAAGGCCAUCAUGGCCGAGCGCCUGCGACAGCGACAAGAGCUCCGCGCCCAGACGGCAGCGGCGACGAAUGGCACCAACCAGCAGAGCGUGGUCGUGACCCACCUCUACAAAAAGCACCGACGAGCAUGCUGCGAGCCGACGCUCGACCCGGCGCGCAAGACGCGCACGAUCGUUGUCGUAGGGCUAGGCAUCCUCGGCCUCGUCGCCGCGAUCAUCGUCUACUGCACCUUGCCCCGGGCGUCGUGGCACGACAUGGCGACGUGGCUCCAGACGCACGAAGUGGUCGGUCGGAUCGCCUUUACGCUCGUGUAUGCGCUUUGCAUUGUCAUUUGUUGCCCGUCGACGAUCUUCGACUUGUUUGCUGGCUACACGUUUGGCGUCGGCUGGGGCGCCGUGGUCGCGAUCGCCGGCAAGGUUCUUGGCUCAAUCGCUGCCUUCGGUAUCGGACGCUACCUCAUCCAAGACCGUGUCCGUGCCCACCUCGAUGGCGGCCGACCCAUGUUUCGCGCCUGGGCGCUGCUUAUCGAGCAACACGAGAUCCAAUUCGCGGUGCUCAUCCAGCUCGCGUACCUCCCGAUCGCGCUCAAGAACUACGGCCUCAGUAUUCUCAACGUGUCCUUCUGGACGUUUGCCCUCUCGACGCUCCUCAUUGGCGGCGCCGAGUCGUACCUCAGCGUCCUCCUCGGCCACUCGACGACCAAGAUGUCGGCGAUUUUAGUCGCCGAUCCGCAAGUGCACUCGCCCGAGUCGCACGCUGCGCAAACCACACUCAUGCUCGUCGCCGCGGCUGCCAGCGUCGGCCUCGUCAUUUUUGUGAGCUACCGCGUCCGGUCGUACAUUGACGCGCUGGCGGCCGAAGACGAGACGACGUCACUGCUAGCGCGCGACCACGUGGUGUAAAUGUCGGCUAUUAACCAUCAGCGACUAGCACGCCGU